AUGAAAAACAAAUAGCAUAAAAAGAAAAUUAUUAAGUUUGUUGAAAUUUUCAAAGAAAUCUUAGAAUAAUCUGGGUAUGGUUAAAUUAUUACAUGGGAUGGUGAUGGUAAAAAAAUUAAGAUCUUUGAUAAAUCUAAGUUAUAAUUAGAAGUUCUACCAAAACAUUUCAAGCAUGGCAAUUAUUCUAGUUUUCUGAGAUAAUUAAAUCUUUAUGGUUUUAUUAGUUGUAAGGAUUAGGAUGGUGUUUUAACAUAUGAAAAUCCCUAUUUUACUAAAAAAGAAAUUAAGAUGAGGAAGAUACAAAAAAAACAAUAGUUUUCAAUUGAGAAACAAUCUUCGGAUGAUAUCUUCAUGACUGAGUAUGAAGAUUUAAGGAAAACUAUUAUAGAUUUGAAAGAGGAAUAGAUGAAAAUUUAAUAAAAGCUAAUUUAGUCAGUUUAACACUAGUAGUAAUGUCAUUUGCAUUGUAAAUCAAUAAUAGAUGUAAGUGUUUUUGAGAGUAUUAAAUAGUAAUUACUAACCAUAAAGGAAAUCCAAACAAGAAGGGGCACAUUCUUUAUUGAGAGUGUAAAGAUGAUAGUGAGGGCUAUGAAACCUGAGACUUCUGCUUCAUUUGAGUACUUGAUAAAAUGUGUGUUUCCGAAGGAGUAUGAUGUUGUGGAUAUUCAAUCGAAGGAGGAGGGAGUAAUUGAGUAGUAAUAGUAUCUUAAUUCUCCAGCUCCAUUCGGGAAGGGAGUGAUUGAUAAGAUAGGGGAGUAUCUAAAUCAUAAAAAUGAGGAUUUCAAUCCUGAAGCUUUGGAACCAGUUUGGUUUUGCGGUUAUUCUGAGCAGGAUUUUAACUUUUUUGGUUUUGAAUUGUGA